UUAAUAGUAUCAGCUGUUGCAAUACAAAGAUUUGCUGCUCGGCGUAUUGUUUGGCAGAUGUUGGGAGCACACUCCCAUCUGCUGCAAAAGGGCGGCGGUGCCUUGACGCCGACGGAGACGGGGGUGAGGCGGGACAUGUCAGCGUGAAGACGGGCUUCUGGUUCUGGUGUCCUCGGCCGCGCGCCUCGCGUUGCACGGUGUGUCUCAUCAGCCACCUACUAGCCUACUUCCCACCUUUACUUUGGCGGUUCAGGUAGUCAUGGCAACCAGUGCUGUGCCAAGUGACAACCUGCCAACGUACAAGCUGGUGGUGGUGGGGGAUGGAGGUGUCGGGAAGAGCGCCCUCACCAUCCAGUUCUUCCAGAAGAUUUUUGUGCCAGACUACGACCCCACCAUAGAGGACUCUUAUUUAAAGCACACAGAGAUAGACGGACAGUGGGCCAUACUGGAUGUGUUGGACACUGCAGGUCAGGAGGAGUUCAGUGCCAUGAGAGAGCAGUACAUGAGGACAGGGGACGGCUUCCUCAUCGUCUUCUCUGUCACAGACAAGGCCAGCUUUGAACACGUGGACCGGUUCCAUCAACUCAUACUACGGGUCAAAGACAGAGAGGCGUUCCCUAUGGUGCUGGUGGCAAACAAAGUUGACCUGGUCCACCUGAGAAAGGUCACCACCGACCAGGGCCAAGAGAUGGCAGCAAAACAUAAUAUAACUUAUAUUGAAACCAGUGCUAAGGAUCCGCCCAUGAACGUGGACAAAGCUUUUCACGACCUGGUUCGAGUUAUAAGACAACAAGUUCCUGAGAGGAACCAGAAGAAGAAAAAGAAGAUGAAGUGGAGAGCAGAACGUUCCACGGGUUCCCACAGGUUCCACUGUGCCAUAUUGUGACCUCCCCCGUCCUCUCCGUCUCUCACACACCUACACACACCUUUGGAUGUCAGGCGACUCCCUAACAGUGGUUAGCUACUGGAGCACAAGAGGGAGGGGAGGGGUUUGGCUGGAAGGCUGGAAUGGAAUUCUGAGGAACGACGGAAACGUGAAUCGGGAACGUUGAACCGUUUCCCCCUCAGCACAUCACAGAGCCUCUUUCCUCGAUUUAAUCUGUUCGUUCUUUCUGUCUGAAUCCAAGCCCAGAAGGACGGUGUCAGUGAACUGAACACUUGUGACUUCACCAUCACUUUGUUACCAAACGUGGCACAAGAUGAAGGACUGUUCCCGACAGGAACGCCGUGACACAGGAACUGUUUAUGUGAAUUAAAGGGAAACAAAAUGAAGGAGUGGGAUCAGAUCAGAUCCUCCCGUGAAGUGGACCUUCAUCAGUCAGCUCCUCUUCUCUUCUUCUCUUUUCUUCUCCCACAACCCCACGAUCACAGGGGAUGGAGACAAAGCCACAGCAGUGAUUGGUUCAGUGUUAAAAAAAAAAAAAAAAAGGUUGUUGUUGUUGAGUGAACUGCCAGUUGUGUAAGUAUUAGCAUGUGGUUCAUGUGAAACUUUGACCUCCAGGGGUCACCAGAGGGAGGGUGGAAGGACGCUGGUGUGAGGAAGUCAAAGAAAAGAUGGAGCAGGUGGUUCAGUGAGCGCUCCGGCCGCAUCGGCCUGUUUAAAUACGUGGGUCGGACCGUGAAGUACUUCAGUAGUAGUAGUAGUAGUGUCCACACAGUAACCCUGUUUACAGACCGUAGUAAAUGACAUGAUAUUUUCCCAUUGAUACACACAGCAGUAUAUCAGAGAUACUUUAGGUUCUACUUAGUCUCUUCCGUCACAAGUACUGUAUGAACAAAAGUGCUGGAAGGUCCAAAGGUCAGACAGCAGUUUUCCAUUCAGGUCAGUGGGAGAGUUCUCCGUCAGUGUUUCCAUGUUUUGUGGUUUAUAGUAGAAAAACGUGUUACAGCUGAUAAAAAAACCUAAUCUGAUUAUCAGUGGAACUGUUGAAUAAUCCAGUGGCGUUGGUGACAAUGAUGACAAUUACCGUAUGUUCCAGACCAUAAGUCAUUCCUGUGACUGUUCUGAAGGGACUUGUAUAUCAAAAAUAUACCCCAUAGCUCCAUAGCCACAAGAGGGCACUGUCUGCACUCAUGACAACUGAAAGCUGCGCCCAGUGAAAAUUGAGAGGACAACAACAUUUCCAUAAAGAAUAAAAAUGUGACCAAAAAGUAAAAGCCAUACAGUGGGAUUAAAACUUCAGAUUAGAAACGACGGUCAAAGCAGACAAGAAUUUAACGAAGCGACACUGGAAUAAGAUCAGGACCUGGUUGAACUCAUGUUAGUAUAUUUACGCUCUCAGAUUCUUCUGGAGAAACUCGACCUGCUCUACAGACCAGUAUGUCAUCUCAACUGCAUUAUUUUGGCAAACGCAGCUAAUGCUCUGCUACGAACCAAUACUCCGGAAAAUACCGAGCCAGAACAGGCUGAGAAGCUCAUUUGCACUGGCCGCUAACCAAAAGAAUGUGACGUCACUUUAACCUAAUCCACGCUGCCCUGGUGAAGUCAGGGCCGACGGCUUCAAUGUUCCCCGUUAAAAAACAAAACAAAAAAGUAAAUAAAAAAAGACAUUCAGUGUAUGAAUACAUGUGCAGCAUUUACUGCAGACGCAGAGUUAUGGAGGACGUGACGUGACGUGACGUGACGCUCUGAGAGCUUAAAGCCAUGAUAACUGAGCUCCAGAGCUGAAGUUUAGAUGUGGAAGAAAAAGACGGAACGAAGUGACAGAUUCUCCACGUCUGUGGCUGUGAAAGAGUUAAUAAUCUAUGAAAUGGCUUGUACUGUUAACGCACUAAAGAUUCCAUGGACUACUUUGUUUUGGCCGCGAUGUCUCUUGAAGGAAUACGUUUGGGAUUUUUUUUUUUGUUGCACUUUUAAUGAAAUUUCUGGCUUUCCUACUCGCAUGUCCAAAUCAGAAAAGGCACGUACAAAACAAUUUGAAUGUAAAAAAAAAAAAAAUUCAAACGAACGAAAGAAAGAAAGCAAAUAGGCCUUUAGUGUUUCAGCCCUGGUGCCUGACGCCUGUGACAAUUGUAACAAAGAGUCAGAGGGAAGUGAAUUAUUUGGAAGGAACUCCGUUGUGUCGAGACCAAGCAGAAAUUCAGACAACUCAGCAUGGAAGUGGAACGACAUAUUCUGUGAAUGCAAAACAGUACCGAGUUCCUGCUGUUAAAGAGAGCGAGUAAAGACGAGGACUGAAACGUUUGGAAGCUCUGGCCGAGAAUCAGUGAAGCAACAACCUCUGGAUCACGAAGAGAAAAAAACGUAACGUAACGUGUUUGAAAUAUGGCAUCAUGUAUGUUUGAUACAUUUUUGUAUUAUUGAAAAGAAUUAUUGAUAUGAUUCUUGAAUAGUGUUUUUUAAACAACUAAAUAAUUUAUUACUGUCUAUGUUACCUCAGCUUGUCCCAGACCUGGACAAAAAAAAAAGAAAAGAAAAAAGAAUUUUAUAUUUUUGUUGGGACUCAGUGGGUUCCUGUUGAGCAUCAUGUGAAGAGACUUGUAAUACUGUAUGUUGUCGACCAAAAACGUGAAAGAAAAAAACAUUAGCGUAAAAUGUAGAGUUCAAAGAGAAUAAAUACGAAACGAGAAAAAAGUCACUUUUGUUUUAAUUCUGUUUCAUUGUUUACUGACAGGUUGUUUUUUGUUUAGUCUGCUCAGACUUAAGAGCAGCUUCAGUAUAUAAUCUGAGUAGAGUGUCAUCGUGGUUUUAAUACACCAGGUGGCGCACAUCGAAAAAGCAGUAGUUUAAUAAAAAUGACAGAAUUUUCAGUUGUUUUAAAUUGUGAAUAAUCUGAAACUGGGAUGAAAAAGAAAAACCACGUGACCGACAUCAAAUCAACAGGUGGAUUUUGUCCAUCACUCGUCGUGUGGUUUUUUUUUUGAACAGGUCUGUUGUGUUGUUGCUGGUUGUGUCACACUGAGGCGCUAGACCAGGCACAAACAAACUGUGGCCUUGAACUCUAGCCUCAGGGUUGGACUACACUUCAAUAAAGAAAAACCAUUAAUGUGA